UAAAAGUGUGUGCCAAAAUGGAUAUGUCUCGAUCAUUUUUCGUCGACUCCAUCCUCGCCAACAACCAAAAGGAUUUACGCGGCGGUUACAUGCCUCCAACCAGUGAUCCAAGAGGCAUGGUGCCUUACCCGCCAAACUACAUUAGCAGUUACUUGUUUUCGUUGAGCCUGGCAAGGCAACAGCAGCAACACCUCCAACAGCUGAGCAUGGCCCAGUUUAACCCGCACAAAACUUUAGUUAGACCGGUACCGUCCAUGGCCAAAAUGGUGCCACCCCCAGUAAAAAUGGAAAAGGUUUAUCCGAACGUUUAUCCCGAAGUUAAAUUGCCUUCACCGCAAGGAAACACAUCGCCCAACUACCACAGCCCCCAGGCAUCUCCAAUCCACAUGACCUCGCCGCACAGGGAAAGCCGGGAAUCGACUCCGACUCCUCCGUUGAGUCGUUCAAGUGAAAGCUCCCCUUCCAAAGAGUCGUCGACGAAGAGGAUCCGCACCGCCUUCACCAGCACCCAGUUGCUCCAGUUGGAAAGGGAGUUUGCCACCAACAUGUACCUUUCGAGAUUGAGGAGGAUCGAAAUCGCCACUUGUCUGGGUCUGUCCGAAAAGCAAGUCAAGAUCUGGUUUCAAAACAGGAGAGUCAAGCAAAAGAAGGACCCACCUACUCCGAGUCAACAUUUAAAGUGUUUGUGCUCCAAAAAGUCCCAGGAAUCGAUGACUCAAUGUGAGGAGAUUGAUGUAAUGAACGUUGACGAUCAUUGCCAUUAGAUUUAAGAUUUGUGAUUAGAUUUAUGAUGUUAGCAAAGU